AACGCGGACAACGCAUUCACGACUCCCACGACCCCCACAAGCCCUACUGCCACCAUGUCCGACGACGAGAACAUCUCCAUCUACGAUGAAAUCGAGAUCGAGGACAUGACCUUCGACGAGGACCUUCAGGUCUACACCUACCCAUGUCCGUGUGGCGAUAAAUUUGCAAUCGCGCUCGACGAUCUGCGCGACGACGAGGAUAUUGCUGUGUGCCCCAGUUGCAGCCUCAUGAUUCGUGUCAUCUUUGACAAGGAUGACCUUCCCAAAGAUCCGGAAGCCGACCCGGAACCUCCUGUUCUGGAGAAUGCCGCCCAGAUCCCUGUCGCCGCAUGAACAACGCCUUAUAAACAGGAGACACCGAGAGAGGAUGAAUAUGAGAAUGGCUUGGCAGAUGCAAGAACAGCUGGGAAAUUCUGGUCGGGGUACGACAGCGCUGUUGCGACAGCUACGGCUGCAGCCAAGGCCUCCGGGCUCGGGGCACCUUCGCCGUGCUGCCACUCGUGGUGCCUGCUUGAGACUCUCGAUUUGAGCAACUCAAAAGUCGGAAGCACGGGUUGGAGGCUCUGAUCGCGCAGCGCCAGAGGCUGGACCUUCCCCGUUCUUUGAGGGUGGUAGGACUUUGGUCUGACUCGACAUGGCGGCACUCCAAGAACGCCGUGGGCAUCGGAGAAUUGGUCAUGACCAACUCUGGGGCGUAUCACCGAACACUUGGCACCUGCAUCAUGGUCUUCGAGAUCUGACGAUCCGCCAUUCGGUGUCAAUACAAACUGGCCACUCCAUGAAGGCGCGUUAUCAGGCUAAAGACCCCGCCUCAUCGAUUUGCGGCCGGUUUCGCUUCAAUGUCGGUUAGCAUCUUACUGCUGGUAGGCCCAAGGAUCUUGCGUACACACCGGACAGCAUCUCACUAUAGCUUCUGUUGGUAAUGUAACAUUAUGUCCUAUCACUUUGGUGAAGG